UGGGUGUGGGAAUGCGCAGGGACUCGGGCAGAGAGAAGCGUUAUCACGGAGCGAUCGCUUCGGGUUCUGUGCGGCUUGCUCGGGGGAGGUUUUAGGUCACUCGGCCCUUCCAAGAUGGAGUUUCCAGAGCCCCGCAGUGGAACAUCGACGUGUUACUUUCGCUGAGCUUGCAGGAACGCUGUCCGGACUCCGAAUUGUAGAAGCAGAGAGGAGAGUGUGGUGUGUGAAUCUUGCCAGUAAAGCAGCAAUGUGGAAGUCUUUCUUGUAAUGCUGUGCAAGGCAAAAGGAGGAAUACUAUUUAAUCUUUUCUUUAUCAAUCUGGUAGGGAAGAUGGUGUGGAUUUUCAGCCCGUUCUUCUUAUUUUCAAUACUUGUAAAAGGUGGCAUUUUAAGUAACAGAACUGUGACCUUUACUUAUUCAGAGAUAAGCUGAGUAACUGGUAUGAGAGAUACUCUGUCACCGAGCUUUACUUGGCUGUUUUCUCAGUUGCUUUGUCAUGUGUUCUGGCCUAAUCUGUGGGGCGGGCUGAACAUGAGUCUGAUGUGGUGAGAUACCGUGUAGAACAAAACUUGUUGGCUCUGCUUUCCUACCUCAAGCUCUACCUUCUUAACAAGCAACGCAAGUGAGAGGUCCUCUAAAUUUGGACGUUGUUAUUUAGUGUGAAGCUGUAACUGUGGGGCUUUUUCUUCACUGUAAAAGUGCAGAUGAAUUUCUUACGGGAUCCAAGAAGUUACCAAGGUGUUAUUUCCACCUUUGCCUCCUAUACUGUGGGAUAGUAGUGGGAUAUCUGUCCGUUCUAGCUUAGAGCUUGCUUUUGCAUUUGGUACGUCUGCACAUUAUUAAUAGAAAUAAUUGGUUCUCACACAGGUCCACAGAGUUGGAUUCUAACUGGAACUGGUUCCAGCUGAGGUGUAUGCAAGUGGGCAGCAAUGCCAACGCGACUGCUUUCUUCCGCCAGCAUGGCUGUACUACCACAGAUGCCAAUGCUAAGUAUAAUAGUCGAGCUGCCCAGAUGUACAGGGAGAAGAUCCGGCAGCUGGCAAGUGCUGCCAUGGCCAAGUAUGGCACUGAUCUGCUUAUAGAUGGACUGAGUGGAGCCCCUGGGCACUCCCCUGACAAGAGUGAUGCUGAUUUCUUCAUGGAGCACACACAGUCUUCCAGUACCUGGGACGUAGCAGAUGCCAGCCAGAAUCCUGCACAGUCUUCCCCGGAAGCAGAAAAAGCAGCAAAGUCAUCAGAAGGCAGUGAAGUGUCGAAUUCCAGCCAAGGCCCAUCUAUUGACUUGUUGAGCACAUCUCCUAAAGCUCCUCUAGACAUGUCCAUGUAUCUAUCAACACAAGGGCCUGCUCCUGCCAGAGAACUUAAAUCCUCCCUCAUUGGAAAGAAGAAGCCAGGAGCUGCCAAGAAAGGGUUGGGUGCAAAAAAAGGUCUUGGAGCCCAGAAAGUGAGCAGCCAGAGCUUCAGCGAGAUUGAGCGGCAAGCCCAGGUGGCAGAGCAGCUGAGGGAGCAGCAGGCAGUGGAGUCCAGGAAACAAGCUGAGGAGUCCAUAGUCACCUCAAUGCGACUAGCUUAUCAGGAACUGCAGCUCGAUCNNNAGAAGGAAGAGAAGAAACUUCAGAACCUUGAAGGGAAGAAGCGUGAACAAGCAGAGAGGCUGGGCAUGGGCUUGGUGUCCAGAAGUUCUGUUUCACACUCAGUGAUGUCCGAGAUGCAAGUAAUUGAGCAGGAGACACCGCUGGCUGCAAAAUCUUCCCGUUCCCAAUUGGACUUGUUUGAAGAUGCUGGAGGCUUCACAUCUGGACCCCCCAAGUACAAAUAUAAUCCCUUCUCGUUUGAAGAUGCAUUUGGCUCACGAUGGGAAACAGACUCUUCAUGGGGUGUGGACAAAGAGGAGGAACCCGAGGUGACCAUUUCCAGUAUUCGGCCAAUUUCAGAGAGACCCACCAGUAGGCGGGAGACAGAGAACAGGACAUCAGUUGUGGAAUCCAAUGAAGCUCGGCAGAAGUUUGCAGGGGCUAAAGCCAUCUCUUCAGAUAUGUUCUUUGGGCGGGAGGCAGAUGCUGAGUAUGAAGCCAGAUCCCGACUGCAGCAGCUCUCGGGCAGCAGUGCCAUCAGCUCUGCAGACUUGUUUGGAGAGGCUGAGAAUGCACACUCAGGUGGCGUGUCAAUUGGAAAUGUCCUGCCUGCAGCUGACAUUGCACAGUUCAAGCAAGGAGUGAAAUCAGUUGCUGGCAAGAUGGCUGUCCUAGCCAAUGGGGUGAUGAACUCCCUCCAGGAUCGUUAUGGCUCAUAUUGAUGACCCAGGGACUGCAACUCACAGGGAUGCCAGCAAGAGGCACUGAUGCCACCUUUGCCUGGUGUGAACUCUGCAGGAUUGUCUUAGUUUGUCUGGGGUGGGUGGGGAGGGGAGAAGGUAAGCAGAGGGGGUCAGGACAUGGCUGUGCCCAGGAUGCUUUCCAAAUAUCUCUGGAUUCCACACUAUUAAAAUUCAAUGUGCCCUCAUACCCACUGCUAUCUGCUAGCCAGUGGAGACAGGCCUUCUUACAGGGUUAACCUCAUUGCUGUAAAAGAUGUGACAGGAACUCCUGGGCUGUCUUCAUUGGUGCUCCUGUCCUUCUUGGCCCAUACCUUAGCUCACCAAGUGAUGGGAAUGCUGUUUUUCUGAACAUCAUGUUACCUGAUUCCCAUGGACGUGACUGUUUUUGGUUUGGGUUUUUUUUUUUUUUGUUCUGCUCAGUGCUCCCGAUCCAUGGUGCUGUGGAGCCCUCUCUAUUUGCAGGGUCUGACUUCUACCAUGGGAUAAUCUUUUGUACUGUCUUGUAAACCAGCAUAUAUUGGUUCAGGAGAAAAAAAUCAACAAAGUGAAGAUUAUUUUUUUAGCUUCUACGUAAUCAUCAGCAAAAAAGGCCCAGGUAAAGAAGUACUGAAAAGAUAUUUACUGGAUCCAUGGUUCUUUUGUUGCCCAGCUUUGGACUGAGAUCAAAGUCCUGAACCUCUGUCUCCCCAUGAGCUAGACUCCUAAGUGCAGCAGUGAGUGAGGACUGUCGUUUUCAUCCUGUUCAAUGUGGCUUGCCGCUCCUAACACUGGUUUUAACAAGAGCAUGUUUUUCUCUUGGA